AUGAUCGAGAUUGAUGGGCGACAAGUGGGAAGAGUGUAUGCGGUGGAAUACAUGUUACGAGGUGUCGGUGAGGACUCAGAUGUUCGGAUCGUAGGGUCUGCGGAAGCGGCAACGCCGGGGAUCAGCGGAGAGCUGGCAAUUGGUUUGAACCUCCAUUCGCAACCCGGGCAAAUGUAUGAUGCACAGUCACUUGGAAGUAACGGGGGAGUUUCCAUCGAAAAGCGUAUCUUCGGACUCUUCUCUACUUCCGUACUAACGCUGCAUUUCCUUAGUGAGCAUUGCCUUUGUGGGAGUAAAGAUCACUGUGGUUGGAUCGUCACCGUUCCCGCCUACUUCAACGCCAACAAUAGAAAUGCAUUGCUGACUAUUGACAGGCCUCAUACAGACUACAAGGCCCGCGCCCGUACCGCCCGCGCUGAGGUCGAGGACCUCCAAGGUCAACUCCUCGCUGUGAAAGAAGCGGCCGCCGAGGUCCUCGACCUCAAAAGUAGACUCUCGGCCGCCGAAAAUGCGCUCGAAGACGAGCGCAGAAACCGUGAAGAAGAACGUCUUUCCGCUGCCGCCGCCCUUCAACUCCAAAUGGAGGCUCGUGCCGUUCUACAACUCGAAUUGGAGACUCUUGCUGCUUCGCAGCAAAAAACCUCUGACCGUGACCUGCUGCUCGGUCUUGUCGUCUUGAAUAUUGUAGUUCUUUUGGUCAUUCUCUUCGCUUUGUGGCGCUAG